AUGGAUAAUCAGACAUUUUUGAAUGAAUUUAUUCUCAUAGGACUCUCUGGUUAUCCAAAGCUUGAGAUUAUUUUCUUUGCACUGAUUCUCGUCAUGUAUCUAAUAAUUCUAAUGGGCAACGGUGUUCUCAUGUUAGCAAGCAUUUUUGAUUCGCGUCUUCACACCCCCAUGUACUUCUUCUUGGGCAACCUCUCUUUCCUGGAUAUUUGUUAUACAUCCUCUUCUGUUCCCUCGACACUGGUGAGCUUAAUCUCAAAGAAAAGAAAUAUCUCCUUCUCUGGAUGUGCUGUGCAGAUGUUCCUAGGAUUUGCAAUGGGUUCAACAGAGUGUUUGCUCCUUGGCAUGAUGGCUUUUGAUCGCUACGUGGCCAUCUGUAACCCACUGAGAUACCCCAUCAUCAUGAAUAAGUUGGUGUAUGUGCUGAUGGCUGCUUUAUCAUGGCUCUCUGGUGGAGUCAACUCCAUUGUGCAAACAGUACUGGCCAUGCGACUGCCUUUCUGUCAAAACAACAUUAUUAAUCAUUUCCUAUGUGAGAUUUUGGCUGUCUUAAAAUUAGCUUGUGCUGAUAUAUCCCUUAAUAUUACCACUCUAACACUUUCAAAUAUGAUCUUCCUAGUUCUUCCACUUCUGAUUAUCUUUUUCUCCUACAUGUUCAUUCUUUACACCAUCUUGAGAAUGAACUCGGCCACAGGAAGACGCAAAGCCUUUUCCACCUGCUCAGCGCAUCUGACGGUGGUGAUCAUAUUUUAUGGUACCAUCUUCUUUAUGUAUGCUAAACCCAAGUCCCAAGAAAUGCCUGGGGAAAAACCGAUGCAAGCUUCAGAGGGACUCAUUUCUGUGUUUUAUGGGGUAGUGACCCCCAUGCUGAAUCCGAUCAUUUACAGCUUGAGAAAUAAGGAUGUGCAAGUGGCUGUGAGGUAUUUGCUGAGUCGGAGGGCUCUUAACCAGUAA